GUUCCAAGACUUGACAGCUGCCCGUGCUACUUACUUGUGGAUCAACAAGGGGAAUAGGUUUUUGGAGAUCAUGAAGCAGCAGCCUUUCAAGCAUGGUGGCUACUGGCUAGUCAAGCUGGAACUUUGUUCUUCGUUGUGGCUGAAGAUUGCGCGGCAGAGGUUGAAGAAGACAGUGCGCCUGCUGAACCAGAUGAGUUUCCUCGUCAAAGACUCCUGGACCAACCAGUAUCGCUUGGUGUCUACCUGCAUGCCGUGCACCAUGGUGCCUUUGGACCGCAAUACAGCUGAGAAUAAUGUUGCUGCCCUAAACAGACAGACACAAAGAAUCCCUGGUUUGUUGGCAUUUCAAGAUCAAUUUCCUCACGCCGUUCGUAUGGUGACCGCAGACAGGGCAGCAGGCAACAUUGCGGCUGAAGUUUUCAUCAAGUCUCAGAGUCCCAACCAAGCCAAUCUUCAGUACCCAUGUGACAUUCACAAAAAAGCUGCCUGCUUCAAGAAUUCUUUGAAGGUUGUGGACCCAAUGAUUUCAGGAUUAGUCAAUGUGGGGCUUGCUUUAGGUGGCAUUGGGGCCCUGCAGUCCUUGAGACAAGCGUUGCAAUGCAUUUUCAGAGAACAACUUCAGAUAGUCAUCGCAUCCCCCCCUGGUGGUGACGUGGCCAAGCACAGACGAGAGGUGUUGAACCUGUUUUGUUCAGAUCCUGCCAGUCCUGGUGGCAGUGGAGAUGUUGAGAAAAAAAGAAAGCUGAUAUUGAAUUACUUUGCCAACUCAGACUUAGAAUCAGAUGAGAUCAUUCACUACUGUCCAAACUGCUGUAGUAGCCCAGAGGUGACCAUGAACCACUUUUUGGGUGAUGUGACUUGUGCGCUCCUUCCAAGAGCGAUGAGCGUUAUUCAACGCAAAAAUUGGGUGGGGCAAGCGAAGCACUUUGAUUGGGUUGGUAUGCUAUCCUCUUUUUGGAAUUUGCACCUUCAAGUGCUGCUGAAAUUCACUGGCAGUCCACAGAAGCCAGUGGAGGCUGCUGAAGCAGGUUUGAACUUGGAAGUGUUGGGCGAUGAUGCUGAAUGGGCAGAUUUGCUGGGGGGUGCAGGGCAGAAGGAAGAUGAUCAGGACGAUUUGGAAGCAGAUCCAGAGGAUGAAUUCUUGGGGCCCCCUGGAACAGCCACUGCGGGUGCUGGAGACUUAGAGGAAUGCACAACCUGGGCUGAUUUCAAUAGGGCUGCAGCUGCAAAACCUGUGGAACGCAGAAUUUUAGAAGCAGUCAAUGGAACUUCCAUUGCAGAGUGCUUCGGACAUGUGGAAGCAUUGCUACAAGAACCACCUGGAGCAUUGACUGAUGCCCAGAACAAUGCUGAUACUGAGAAUACCGAGAAGAAAAUCAUUACAGGAAGGGGAGGGGGACCAUGGGGUGCCUUCGUUUCCGCCAAGUCUAAGAACAUGAAACUGAAUCGAGAUCUCAUCAAAACACUAUCCGCUCAGUACAGGGAGCUGGACCAUGAUGAGUGGCAGCAUUACAAGGAAAUGGCUGAGCUCGCAGCUCUUGCUCGCAAGGACGGGGAGAACGGGGAGGAGGAGGAACAGCAGGUAGAGGUAGAGCCCAAUCUGGACUCAGUGCUUGACCAACUCUUUACUGAGUUUGAUUGCAGUGACAAUGAGAAUGAGAAUAUGCAGCCUCAAGACCCUGAGAAAGUGGAGGAUGAAGACCAUCCACCACAACAUGCUUUGGAUGUCUUGGAGUUGGAGCUUGCUGCAACGCCAAACCACAGCUGGUCGAAAAGGAGCUGGACGACCGAUAGGGUCUUUGGUGUGCUGGCUCCAAGAUGCGUUCAAGUGCCAGAGCAAAUCAGAGCACAUUGCUCAGUUGACCCAGCCUUUUAUCAAGAGGAAGGCUGCGAGGGUACUCUUCAAUACAUGGCCAGGCUCUAUUUGGUGUUCUUUCGCAAAGACAUCUACUGCAAGGAGGAUGUUCAGAGUUUCAAGGCUCUGGUGAAGGCCAUUAUUGAGAAGCAGACCAUGAAAGGGCCUUGUGAAAUCACAGCUCUCCUGUGGCCGCGCGUGGGCGUGGAUGUGCGCAUGGGGCUCAUCAGCUGGCUCCAGCUCCAGCGUGGUGUGGGCAAUUGGCCGAAUGGCGCCAAGAAUGCAAGUCCUGCCAUUGGCAUUGGUGCUGGCGGCGACUACUGGUCUGACUACAGUGGAAGUUUGUUCUCACUGCACUUGCAAUUUGCUGGAACUCCAGCAGUCCCCAAGCCCAGGGCCAUUGCUGUUGUUGACAGUGAUGUUGACGCUGUUACUGACAGCUUGAAUGCCACGACCAUUUGCGAUGUUGACGGAGCGCAGUUCAUGGUGAUUGCUGGCAAAACGUCUGAUGGGUGCUUACUUUGCAUAGCUGUGGCCAGGCGGAUGGCUCCUGGACUGUCUCUCCAAGAGAUCUCUGAGAAAGUGAAGUCUGAGAAGGAGUUUGGAGCCGAGUGGACCAGGGCCAAAAAAGCUUUGCAAGAGGAGUUGGACCUUUCCAAAGAUUCGGCAUUGCCAACUUUUUUGCCUUCAGGCAGCUGUGCUAGAACAGUGCGCUAUGGCCACGUAGUCUAUGACAAGGCUGCACUACUUUCAAGUGACCAGUUGGUUGCACUUGUGGGUAAAACUGCUCGCCAGCUGAAUUUGACCCCCUGGACUGGAGUGAAAUUCUUCUAUGAAACCAACACGGACAUGCAGGAGAACUUCUUGACUCCCGAUACCCAGCUCGCGAGAUUUGAAAGGCAAGCUCCCUAUGUGUUUGCCUAUGUUCAUGGCAGGUACUGGGCAGAGAACAGUGGCAGGUAUGAAGGCGUGGGCCCUGGUCUGAAGAGACAGCAGCAGGCACUCCCUACUUUGACCUCUUUGAAGGAGAGCGCAGACAGAAUCGAAGCAUCUUUGACAGCAGCAACACAAGCAGCCCCAGAAGUCAUGAUGGACGCACUGGAGAACGAAGACGAAACCCCUGAACAGGCUGCCCAGAAGGUUGCUGGGUGGCAUUUCUAUUUGAAAUCGAAUCAAUCCAGCAAGAGUAAGGGGAACGAGGGGGACAUGGACGAAGUGAUGAGAGGCGUUGCUCUUUUAUAUUCGGAGCUGGCGAAGUCCCAACGUGGCCGCGCAGCGAAAGUUCGUGAUUACAUUGCUGGGUCCAGGCCUGAUUCUGGAGAGCUCCAAAAUUUGAACACCCGCUAUGAGCAGUGUGCGGCUUUGUACCAAUGGCAGACAGUUGAGUUGAAGACCAUCAGCACCGAGGAAUUGGACAUCAUGGUGAAAAAGGUCAAGCAGUAUUGGGAUGUGCUUCCUGGUGGUUUGAAGGCCAAGUUCACAGCAGCCAAGGCUUACCAUCUUAUGACCUCUGUGACUGCGAUCAGAUUUGAGUCUGAAGACGAUGCUGCCAAAGCAGAAGAGUUGAUUGAUGAGAUGGUUUCCAUGGUGUUGGUUCAAGCCUCUCCACCUACGUCAUGGGUAGGGUUAGCCCCUCGCAACAGUGACUUGCUCCAAGAGGCCCUUGCAGUUCUCAAUGAUGCGGUCGGAAGGGCUGAGUCUGUGAUGGAAGAGACUGAUGCAGUUAAGGCAGACAAAGACUUGGAGGAAGUGACAAAGACUUUCAGUCAGACUGUUCAGGCAAUCAGCAUGGGAUGCAUUGAAUGCUUCAAAGCGGAUGGCUUUCUCAAAUUGUGGAGGGAACCGGAAGAGGGCAUUGAGAAUUUUCUGGCUCUGGGCGAACCCUUCGUGAAGGGCCUUAACUCCUCUCGCACCUACGUCGAAUCACUGAUGCACCAGGGGGAGCCAUUCAGUUCUCUGUCUGGACUCAUCGAGUCAAUGGAUUUCAUCACCCAGCUCUUCAAAGCAUUGGACUUCACUUGGGGGUUGGGACUCAAAGGUUUUGGCAGUGACCCAACCAUUCAUGAUGUGCUGCGGUUCACAAGUGAUGCUGAGAAGAAACGCUCUGGUCAGACUCUGGUGGAAACCACGUUGAAGGACUCCGCAAUGCAGUCACAGCAGUGGCUUGCCGCAAGUGAUGAAAUUUUGCGCGCAGCUGCCACGAGUGUGAAAUUGCGUCCAACUUUGGAAAGAGUGGCUGACUCAUUGCAGAAAUUCAGAGCUGGGGGAGUUGGUGGAGUUGGUCCUUCAGCCGACCGCUUGAUCCAGCUCGUCGAGGAGUUCAGUGAGUGCAGCCAGGGCAUGAGGAGGUAUGAGCUUCUGCCAGUUGAGUCAUUACUGCUGACAGUUUUGAGGGCAAUGGCAGAUGGAUUCAUUUCCAUGGGCAAGGAUGAUGCCUGCAAUGUUAGCUCAAAGGAAGUGCGAGCAGUCUUGAAAGGACUGCAUCUUUUCAAGCACCGUGCUUCGGAGCAUCAACUUGCUGCCGAGCUGGAGAAGUGGCUGUUGGACAUGUCUGCAGAGAUGGCAGUGUCUGACCUUGUUGAGCUGGCCAUCCACGCCAUGACCAAUGAGACUGUUGAUUUUGAUCAGCUUACCAGUGUCAUGACCAAGUGCCAAAAACUACAAGCACCUAAAGGCAAAGAAGAUUUUUCUUUCCAUAUGGCCGGCUUGCUUUUGACAGCGCACAAGGCAUGUCUCACAGAGGUCAGGCAAAGCACAUCGCAGAUCAGCCAGCAGCUUAUCCAACGUCGGCUCAAUUUGUUGCAGAAGGUGGCGGAAUUUGGGUUUCUCCCAGAAGACCCUCUCAGGAAAGCUUGUCGCUUCCAUUGUGACAUCAUCAAACCUGGAGUAGCCAUGGGAAACUCGAUCUUUCAAAUGAUGGCUCUUGGAAGGGAUGCAGAAGCCCGUGUUGCCAAAGAUGAGAAAGCCAUCAUUCUUCGGACCAUCUUGCGGAACUCAGACGAAGUCUUGAACAGCAAAGCAGAUCUUGAGCUAGCAGAACCUGAUGCAAAUCCUAGGGGCGAGGGCGAGGGAGUGGCUGAGGCUGCCACUGCCACUGCUGAUUGUGGUCCUGGUCAUGGUCAUGGUCCUGAUCCUCAACUUCAAGCAGAAGAAGCAGCAGCAGCAGCAGAGGAUGAUGUCUUUGAUGACUUCGCGUCUUCAAUGCAGCUUACUGUCUACAAAGGAAUGGAUGCAGAGCAGCAGGAGGACGAGCAGAUGCAAGAUGCAGUGUGGUUGCAGCCAUCACCGGCGCAGUCCCUUUCCCUGGAGGAGAAGACCAAUCUGAUCAUCUCUGAUUUCUUGCAGUUGGAUUCCAGCAGCGCCUUUCUGGACAUGGCCCAACAAGAGUCAAUGCAGGACUUUCUCUUGCGGCAUUUGGUCGUGAACAAGUCCCGCAUGGAGGAUGCUUCACUGAACUUGCAAAAAGGCUUGGGCUCUCAUGCGAAGCCAGAUUGGAGAGUUGCUGGCUCCUUUGGUUCCCAAGACGCCACUGUCGACGAAGUGCUGACGACGGCAAAGGAGACAAUCAUGAAGGUGCCAGUCAAGGGACAGAAUCUGCUGGGCUUGAUUGACAAGCUCAGUGCUGUGUCUGCAGCCUCAACCAUGGCAGAUUUGGUUGGGUCAGCCUCCAUCCUUGACUUGUCUCUCAUGGGUGGUGUGAAAGAAGAUGUGAUGACCUUCAAGGGAGCAGUGGUUGAGACAUCCGAAAUUCUACGCAAUGCCAGGGCCCUCUACCAGGCGCUGGUUCUUGUCUUGGCCCUCAAGCUAUCAAAGGGUGACCAGAACAGCGUCGAGAGUGCGAAGAAGCUCGUGCGAGAUCAGAAUGCCUCCAUGAGGAGGGGUUUGGAUGGCUUGAAGGAUGAAGACAUCCCUGUUUCACUGAGGACGCUGUCUGAGAAGUUUCUGUCCUGA